GCCAGACUGAGUGAGGCAAGAGGCUGAAAACAAGGAAAGGAUCUCUCAGUAUGCAGGUGUGUGUAUGUUUAGUUUUUCUGAAUGUCUGUUAGAAAGGGCAAAACAUAACGACUUGGGGAAUUCUACAUUACUUACGCCUCUUCCUCAUGAUGGAUAUGGAUGUUCCCAACCCUUUCCAUGGAAAUAUGGGGCUGCUGAGAACCUUUGAUUCCUCUGAGUUUGAGAGCUGGGAGAAGAUCGGCUCGGGAGGCUUUGGACAAGUAUACAAGGUCCGGCAUGUACAGUGGAAAACAUGGCUGGCUAUCAAGUGCCCUCCCUGCCUUCAAGUAGAUGACAAGGAACGAGCAGAGCUGCUGGAAGAGGCUAAGAAGAUGGAGGCGGCUAAGUUUCGCUACAUCCUGCCAGUGUAUGGGAUCUGCGGCGACCAUCAGGGCCUGGUGAUGGAGUACAUGGAGACGGGCUCCCUGGAGACCCUGCUGGCUGCUGAGCCGCUGCCAUGGCAACUGCGCUUCAGAAUAAUCCACGAGACGGCAGUGGGCAUGAACUUCCUGCACUGCAUGAGCCCGCCCCUCCUACACCUGGACCUCAAACCUGCUAACAUCCUACUGGACGCACACUACCACGUCAAGAUAUCUGAUUUUGGUCUGGCUCGUUGGAAUGGCUUAUCCAGAGCUGAUGAAAUCAGCCAUGAUGGGUUCUGUGGCACCAUUGCCUACCUGCCGCCGGAGAGCAUCCUCGAGAAAGACAGGGUGUCAGACACCAAGCAUGAUGUCUACAGCUUUUCCAUAGUAAUCUGGGGAAUUCUCACACAGAAGAAACCUUACCAAGGCGAGAACAACAUCUUGCAGAUCAUGGUGAAAGUGGUGAGAGGUGGGCGUCCUGACCUCAGUGUCGUUCCCCGGAGUCGUCCAGCCUGCGCUGGGUUCCUGAGCCUCAUGCAGUGUUGCUGGGCUUCACCAGAUGCUCGACCCAACUUCCAGGAAAUCACAUCCAGUGCUGAGGAGCUGUGUUCUAAACCCCAAGAGGAGUCCAAGAUCCAAAACACUGAGCUUGAGAAUAACCAUUGUUCUGGACUAACAAUUGACCAGAAUAAAGAGAAGAAGCCGGUCAGGCCGAAGUCGGACAUGCUGCCAGAGAAAGACUACAGCCUGUCAGAGUUGCUGAGCCAGGUGGAUUCCGGGAUAUCUCAGAGUUUUGAUCGUGUAACGGAGGACAAAGACAACACCAGCAAGAGACUAUCUGGGAUCUCUUCUGUGGAUUCUGCCUUCUCCUCUCAAGACUCCAUCACCCUUUCCUUUGAGAAAUAUAGUACAUGUGACUCUGGGGAGGUGCAGAAGAAGAAGCUGUGUGAUGCAAUUCGUAACAAGGACAUGUCCAAGCUGAUGAAGAUCCUGCAGCCUCAAGACGUGGACCUCCUAUUGGACGGGGGCUGCAGCCUGCUCCACCACGCGGUCACGCAGGGCAACGAGGAGGCGGUCAAGUUCCUGCUCCUCAGCCACGCCAACACCAACCUGGCCAACGCUCGUGGCUCAACGCCUCUCCACCUGGCCACAGAGAAGCACCAGAAGGGCCUGGCUGAGCUGCUGCUGGGCCGCCGGAGCACCAACGCCAACGCCCGGGAUGAGGACCAAUACACCGCCUUGCACUGUGCCGCUCAGAACGGAGACGAGGCCAUCGCCCGCCUGCUGCUGGACCGAGGCGCCUCCAUCAACGAGACAGACGCCCAGGGCCGCACGCCUGCCCACAUCGCCUGCCAGCACGGCCAUGAGAACGUGGUCAGGGUGCUGCUGAGCCGCGGGGCAGACAUCCACGUGAGGGGCAGGGACGACUGGACGCCACUUCACCUGGCUGCCUGGCAGGGACACCUGGGCAUCGUCAAGCUCCUGGUGAAACAGGCUGGGGCAGACGUAGAUGGGCAGACCACUGAUGGUCGCACACCGCUCCACCUGGCCUCCCAGAGGGGACAGUACAGGGUGGCCAGGAUCCUGAUUGAAUUGCGGGCAGACGUCCAUGUGACCUCUAUGGGCCUCCAGACCCCCCUGCAUGUGGCGGCUGAGACGGGCCACACCAGCACUUCCCGCCUCCUGGUCAAGCAUGGUGCGGACAUCCACGCCCGCACCGCCCAGGGCCUCUCCGCCCUCCACCUUGCUGCCCAACAGGGCCACCUGGCAACAGUGAAGAUGCUGAUUGAAGAAGGGGCAGACCCUUACUGCACCAAUCAGAACCUACGUACCCCCUGCCACCUGGCGGCAGAAGGGGGGCACUGUGAGGUAUUCAAAGAGCUUCUGUUGAACUGUCCUGAGGGUGGCAGUCUGUCAGAUCACCAGGGCCUCACUCCAUUGCACCUCUCUGUAAGGGGAGGCUACACAGAUAUAACCAACAUGCUGCUGGCACAGGGGGUGGAGCUAUCACAGGAAGUACCCCAGGACUCCAUCUCCCUGCAUACAUUGGGGAUACCACAUGACUCCACAGCGCUACCACAGGAAGUACCACAAGAAGUACCACAGGACUCCAUCCCCCUGGACACAUUGCAGUUAGCAACGGCGGACUGCCCAAAGCUCCAGGAUUGUGAGCCAAGCUCACUGGUCACGCACCUGCAGAGAAAGGUUGUGAUCUUGAAACUGACAGAACGUGAGUGUAACGAUUGUCCACUGGUGGAAUGUGUCCCUCAGCUCCCGGAGUCAUGAUAACAUUGGAUUGUAUAGAACUGACCUGGAAUUGAACACUUUCAAAGAUCUCUUCUUUCCCAAUGGAUGUGAUGGUGACUGAGCUAAAGAGACCAGCCGUUGGGAUUGUUUUUGUACAUAGUAUUUUAAUUAAUUGAGUAUUAUAAUGAUUGUCAUUAUUAUUAUGUCAGACUAUGAUUCAUUGCUAGAUGUUGUUAUUAUUAUUUGAUGCUUUGGACCUCUUAAUGCCCUGCAAUCUUUCUUUACAUACUUUGGCAACUUGUCAGUUAAGGAUCAGUUUAAUGUAAAUAUGUACACUAUAUGUAGUCAAACCAUUAGUUCAUUCAUUAAGACCCUUUUCCAGUAAAAACAUAUACUAUAAAAUGUAAAGGAAAACAUAACAAAAUCACCCAUGGAGCAUCAACAGCAGUCUGCAUCAUUUUCCUAUUUUUCACUUCAACAACAGUAAAUACAAAUUAUUAGAUGUAAUUAUGCUCUUCAGGUUUUGUUAUAUGGAUCUAUAUUUUUAAUAGUAAAAAUGUCUACUUUGCAUGUGCACGUAGAAUUGUUAGAAUUGAAUAUUGACAUUAUCUGUGGAAUGCCAUUUGUAUUUUCCAUUCCUGUCUAGCUACUUCAGCUGUUAUUUUUACAUAUGUCCAUAAGCUAUAUUCUCUAAUAAACAACUUUGUCAGUG